UCGGCUGUGCUGUGUUUUGUGUUUUGUGCACCGUGAAACAGGAAAAACGAGGAUGAGCUCUCUAACGAAAAAUCUAGAAAAUGAUGCCAUUAUCGAGAUGGUGGAAAUCUACAUCAACACCAUCCUGUACAAGCGCAAGCUCUUCCCGGAGGCCGUGUUUCGGGUUCGCAAAGCGUACAACAUUCCGAUCUACGUUUCCAUCUAUGACGCGCUGAACAAGCACAUCGCCAGCACCUUGCAGACGGCUCGGGAACUGAAGCGAGCCGGUAAGUUGCACCGCCUGGUGCUUGCGAUUCUAGCGGACGGGCAACCGUCGGAGACGUACACCUUCCAGUUUGACCAUCAAGGCUUUGCGCUCGAGAACGACGACAACAUGAUCCACUUCGAGGAGGAAGUUCGCAAAUCCUUGCUGUCGUUAGAUGCGCGCAUGAAGGACUUGCCGACUCCUGACGGCGAGCGGGAGAACGUUACGUUCAAGAUGUACCUACAGUGCCCCGAGUCGGCACACGUACAGAUUGCCGCCCAUCCACGGUUAUCUAGCUUUCCGUUCGUGAAGGAAAACAUCAGCUCACAGCCGUUGGAGGAAUCCAAGGUUCAGCUGCUACCGUUGGUGCACACGAAACACACUGGAAUCGAUAUAUUUGUCGAGGAGCACAUUGCGAGCGUGUUGGAUAAAUAAAAGGGCCGGUUUAAGUGUAA